GGUGUACUAAAUGGCCAGGUGUAUCUGGAUGGCGGAAUCGUCUCUGAGAAAGGCGUCAGCAACGCAUGGCCAGUAAAAAACACGCUUUCGCUCGAUCUCACCACCCCUUGGCUUCCCCAGGAGGCAUCUUUCCGGAGCUCUGACAAGAGCUCGAAUAACAUCCCAUCCCUAUGGAAACACGCCAUGUUCGUCGAUAAUGCAGCCGGAGCAUUUUAUAUAUGGGGAGGGCGGUAUUUCUUCAUUAGCGACCCUCCACCCCUGAAGUUUUGGAAGUUUACUGCCAACAAGAAUGGUGGAGGUAGUUGGGCUACCGAGGAGGCAGACCCCUCUUUCAAUGCAAUCAUACGCUCAGAAGCUGGUGCGUUCACCAGCUCCAAAGAUGCAGGCUUCUGGUUUGGGGGCCAGGGAACACCGGAGACUCACGACGGCCUUUCCAAGCUCAAUAUUCCUGGCUUUGUGUCCUUCAACUUCACCACAAAGAUAUGGACCAACCACACGGAUGCCCCCUUUUCCCCCAGGGGAACGCUUGUAUAUGCCACCGCGACAUACCUCCCCGGAGUAGGCCCCAAUGGUAUCAUAAUGCUCUUGGGCGGCCAGGGGGUGACGGUGCCAAAAGGAAGCGAGGAGAUCUCGCUUGAGACUGUACAUUUCCUCGACCCCGUCACCCUGAAGUGGUACAAGCAGAAGACAACAGGACAGGUCCCCACGCCGCGUAUCGGCCACUGUGCAGUUGGAGUCACCGGAAGCAACUCGUCUGAAAUUUUCGUUUACGGUGGUGCAAGUGAAGGGAAUAAAAACAGUGAUGUCUAUAUUCUAUCCCUCCCUGGCUUCAAUUGGGUAAACACAGGGGCAACCAGCGAGCAAUCGCGCAUCGAGAUGGGAUGCGUAGCCGCUGGCAACCGCAAUAUGAUUGUUGUAGGCGGGGCCAAGUUCUCGGGAAACGACUCUACCACUGAUAUGAAUUCGCAAGGACUGGGAAUUUUUGACAUGACUGCGUUGGAAUGGAAGACUAAAUACACGCCUGACGCUGGUCAGUAUGAGACUCCUGAAGUCGUAACCAAAUGGUAUCGGGCAGGGAACUUGGCCAAAGUAGCAUUUUCGGAGGGAGUUAAAGAUUUAUUUUCCGAGAAAGAAACAGGAAGCAACAACACCUCGUCUGAGCCUGACCAAGACAAGACCAUGCCGCUCUCAGCCGGGGCUAUUGCUGGGGCUGUUGUUGGCGGAGUAGCUGGGAUUGCAGCUAUCGCCGCACUCCUCUUCUUCCUACUUCGGAAGAAGAAACACUCACCACGGUCUCAGCACUCCCAAAUGGAAUACUCACCGGCAUAUGAUCAGUCACCAUAUUCAUCGACAAUGGCUAAAUAUCCCCCGGAGCUGAUAAACGACGGUGAAAGAUUUGAAUUAUCGGCCCCAAGGCGUUUUGUUGAGCUCCCAACCCAGCCUCAGAACUCACCC